GUGAUAGCCACUAUAUAUGAUAGAGGAUUAUUUAAGAGUGAUUUUGUAGUGAUUCAUAUCUUUUUAGCCAUGUAUCAUGAACAGAGAAGAAUAUAUCAUCAAAUAGGAAUGAUAAUAAACCAAAG